AUGCAAACCCCAGCUGGUUCCUAUAGUCUUCUGAAAAACAGCUCUUUAUUAUUAGUUCAAGAUAGGAAAGCAAAGCUACCUGUUCAAGCUUCAGGAGCUCCUGGUUUAGUUCAGAAACCAUCUAAUCCAGUGACAUGUUCCCGGAAUGCCAAUCUAACUUCAGUUAUUCAAGACAAUACUUCUUUCAAUCCUUCCCGUGCUAGACAAUUUUCAGAAAUGGUAGGUUCUCAUGUAGGAAUUUUUACAGUUAAUACUCAGCACUUGAAGACAGGUCGCAAUUCAUCUAAAGCACCUUCCUCUUCUUCUUCAUCAGUGAAAGCUCUUGCCAAACAGAAGAAAACUUCAGAAAAGUGUAAAACUCUUACUAAAUCUAAGCCUGUGAUCACUGCCAUACCUCCACAAACCAAUCCUUCUUCAAAGACUUACAUUUCUCCUUCCUCUUCACCGUUAUCAGUGACUCUGAGAUCUUCUAAAAAAGCUGAAAAGCAGAUUAUACGAAGACCUCAGAAUAAUCCUAAACCUCCAACUCUAAAAAAGCUUAAACCUACAAAUCCACCAAAGAAGCCUGAAGCUUCACCUCCAAAGAAGCCUGAUCCUUUUCAGUCCUCAUCUAAACCUGAAUCUUCACCUCCAAAAAAGCCAGAGUCUUCCCUAUCCUCACACAAGCCUGUUCCAAACCAACUUUAUAAGUGUCCAAUAUGUGAUAUAGGGUUUUCUACCAAAGUUGCUCUAGACCAGCAUUCAAAGAAUCCAAAGAACUCUCAUUUUGAAUGUUCUAAGUGUGGCAAAAGCUGCAAUGCACAACUUGGUUUUUGUAUCCAUUGUUUUGUUGCUUCUCAAAAGAAAGAAAAUAAAGAUGCAGAAACAAAAGAUUCUAAUAAUAGCAUAAUUUUGGUUGUCCACCCAAAUACGACAACGAAUUCGGAAAAAGGGUUAGAAGACAAGAUCCAAGGUCCUGAAAAAGAGGCGAAAAACAAAGAUCACGAAAAAACAAUACAACCAAAACGGAAAAAGCAAUUAAAAAAGAUAAAGCUAAAGAAAUGUUCAAUUUGUGGAAAAAUAUUAAAUAGUUAUUAUCUUGCAACUCAUAUGAGAACCCACAGUGGAGAAAAACCUUACAAAUGUG